GAGAGCGACGGGAAGUACCUGCGAUGAGCGCUGCGCCGCCGUGACUCGCCGCCGCCGCGCUCGCAGCAGCCCGGUCGAGCCGCCCCGCCGAGCCGCCCCGCCGCUCCGGAGGCGAGACCCCACGCGGGGCACCGGCGCAGUAAAUACAUUUCGUCAGCUCAUUAAUGGAAGCUUAGAAGACUUUAUACAAAAUAUACGUGAAAAUGGAAACUUCAUCUUUGCUAUCAUCCUUACAUGAUGAAUGCAGAUCAGACAACUAUAUUGAACCUCAUUACAAGGAGUGGUACCGAAUAGCUAUUGAUGCUCUGAUUGAAGGAGGUUUAGAAGCCUACAAAGAAUUUCUUUCCAAAGAGAGAUGCUCAGAAUUCCUAGCAGAUGAGGAAAUUGAUUAUAUUUUGAACAAUGUUCACAAACUUCCCCAAAACACAAUUUAUUCCUCUAACCAUUCCAUUGAUGACACCUCUUCCUCGGGAACCUACUGGCCCAUUGAAUCAGAUGUGGAAGCUCCAAAUCUUGACUUAGGUUGGCCCUAUCUGAUGCCUGGAAUUUCUGGUGGAACAAAUAUUGAUCUGCUUUUUCAUCCACCACGAGCACAGCCUUACACCAUAAAGGAAACUGUUCGGAAGAUGAUACGAGAUGCAAGAAAGGUCAUUGCCAUUGUUAUGGACAUGUUUACAGACGUGGAUAUUUUUAGAGAAAUCGUGGAGGCAUCUGCUAGAGGGAUCGCAGUGUAUAUCCUGCUUGAUGAGUCGAACUUCAGUCACUUUCUGAAGAUGACAGAGAAACAAGGCUGUCAAGUUCAGAGGCUCAGGAAUAUGAGGGUGCGGACAGUGAAAGGACAAGAUUACUAUUCUAAAACAGGAGCAAAAUUCCAUGGAAAAAUGGAACAAAAAUUUAUUCUUGUUGACUGUAAGAAAGUCAUAUAUGGUUCUUACAGCUUCAUGUGGUCAUUUGAAAAAACCAACCUCAGUAUGGUUCAAGUUAUCACAGGACAGCUUGUGGAAUCCUUUGAUGAAGAGUUCAGGACACUGUAUGCCCGUUCUUCUGUUCCUAGCUCAUUUGCCCCAGAAUUACUGCGAGUAAACAGUCGCAAGACACUCUGGGAUAAUGAUACAUACCAACACUCAGUGUCUUCCUUGGCUUCAGUUUCUAGCCAAAGAAACCUUUUUGGUAGGCAAGACAAGGUUCUCAAAAUAGAUCCUGUUUGGAAAACUCGUGGAAGAUACGCAGUAAAUGAAAUAGAUAAAUAUGGCUUGAGAAAUCAAGCCUAUAAUAAGCAACCAUUUAAUCCAGGUUUUAAUGUUCAAAAUCCAAUCCAGCAGUAUCAACCUAGUGAAAAAAAUGAGCACUGGAAGAGACAUAGUUAUGCUGGGGAGAAGCCAGAAAGGACACCUUACCUAUUGCUCAACAGAGCUAUUAACAGAACCAACAAUUUACCAAAUACUUGGAAGAUGCCAUCUGAUAGCCUUAGUAUUGUGUCAUCAUUACGAGGAGGAUAUGCAAAUAACUACAAUAUGCCCCAGCAAAGUUUUGCUGAUCAGUUCUCACGACCAAAGGUAAAUCUUGCAGAGAGAAAUUCAAUUGUGCGGAGGUCUUUUAAUGGGACAGAUAAUCAUAUCCGCCAUCUGCAGCAGAGGAUGCCAACCCUUGAGCACACAACAAAAUCAUUCCUACGUAACUGGCGAAUAAAGUCAUAUUUGAAUGAUCAGUCAGAUUAUCCAGUAGAGUCUAAUGGGUCAGCCUUGGGUGACAGGUACGAUAGCUACGACACAGCUGAAAAUAUUAAAGCUCAUGCACUGUACUCUCAUUCUCGCUUGCGAUCAUCGUUGGUGUUUCAGCCAACUUUACCUGAACAGCAGGAAGUAAGCAGCUGUGCGAGUUCUUCAAAUUCAACUAUAAUUGGGUCAGAAGGAAGUGCAACGCCUAAAGGGACAUCUAACCAUGCCCCGAGUGUGGAAAAUGGAGUGGAUAAUAUUUUAGAGGAUCUUAGCACAAACUUUCCUCUUAAAUCAGAUGCACCAAAACCCCACGGAAUUCAGAUUGCAGACAACACAAAACCUAGUGUAAAUUCAAAUGCAGCUGGUGACUCAUCACUGUAUCUGUACACAACACUCUGCACAGAUAAACAUGCAGAAAAUUUGAAGAACCUUCAAAAUGAAAACAUGCUCAAAAGGAGAAGUUUUCCCAUGUUUAAUUCAAAGUCCAUAUUGGAUCCUGGUACCAACAAACAUGCAUCCAAUUAUGUUUACAGCACAUUGACUAGGCAUAGACUUAAGCAGCCAGUUAGUCCAAAACUUCCAGGAGAAAUGCUGAAGAGUGCUAAAAGUUUGCAUAGUGUGACCAACCACUUGCCACAGGAGGAAAAGGACGUGAAAGGAGAGCUAAAGAUUAGCCCGACUGCUAGCAAGGCAAUCUCCAUGGCGGCUCUCACUGAAGCCAGCAGGGAGGAGUCUAGUAAGGAUUGCACAUUGAAGAAAGAAAGUAAGAAUUCCCCAAGUUUUCUGAAGAAAGGAUCCCAGAAACUGCGGUCACUUCUUAAUCUCACGCCAGACAAGAAGGAAAACUUGUCAAAAAACAAAGGCCCUGCCUUUUACAGAAUGUGUAGUAGUUCUGACACAUUGGUUUCUGAAGAUGAGAAUCAAAAACCAAAGAUUUCUGAAAAUAAGGCAGAUUCUUCCCCAAGGAGAAAAAGAAAUUCAUCAUCAAAUUCUCAAGGUAGUUUGAACAGAAGUAAAGAAGAUGUCACCGGGAGUCCAACAAAAUCUCCGAAGUCUCCAAAAUCGCCAAAAUCUCCAAAACCUCCAUCUGAGGAGAGCAAUAAAAAGUGUCCUCUCUUGUGCCCCCUUGAAAGUAAGUUCAUAGAAACUGCAGGAGAUGCAUCUACCCCAAGAUUUAAUACAGAACAGAUUCAGUAUCAAGAUGCAAAGGAAAUAUCCAUGAAUACUACUUCUGAAAGUCCUCCUGUUUCUGCUCUUCAAAGAGCAAGUUCAAUGACAUCACAGCUGGCAGGCUCAAAACACCAAGAGGAGCUGAGAUCUCGUUUGAGUGAGAGGCGUGUUUAUAGUCGCUUUGAGCCAUUCUGUAAGAUGGAAAAUGCCAGCCCACCUGCAGGAAAUGCAGCCAACAGCAGUUCACAUCUAGCAGAUAUCAAAAGCAAGACCUUAGGGAAUAAUUAUGGCAGGAGUAAUCACAUGGUCACCUACAACUCAACUGCUUACCACCCAUUGCAGCCUAAUGAAAAUAAGCUGAGAGGAUUUAUGCAAAAGUUUGGGAACUUGCUACACAAAAACAAGUAAAAAUUUUGUUGAUUAUAUUGAAAUACAGCAAGACUGGCAAAGCUGGCCAUGAUCUUAACUGGACAAAGACUUGUGGCUAACUUUUGGAGAGCUUACUUGGAUUUCUUCUUCGGUCUAGGACAUUGGAAUGGAUGUACAUAUUUUUAAAACUAAUUAUUCUAGAAUUGUUAUACUUAAAUCUUUCCAGAAAUUCUGUGUCCAGAAGAUGUCUCAAGGCAGUUGUUUAUAGUGUUGAUAUUGUAAGAUUUAUUUUAUACAUUUUCUUUAUGAAGAAAAUACAUUCUAGCAUAUUGUAAGAUUAAUAAGCAUGGGGUAAAAAAGAUGGGGGAUGUUUUUAAACUGCAGAUAAUACUGUUUCCAAAGAUUUCCCUUCAAAAAUAGGAUAGCACUAGGAAUAGUGAAUUGUAUUUUUCAGCAUUUAUGUACACUUUCAAAUGAUAAACACAAGUGUUAAUGCAUUGCAUGUUUCUUAUCUUUAAUUGAAAACCUCUUUUGGGUUUCAUCUUGUUAAUAGUUUACCUCGUAGCAGCUAUUGAACUGUUUGGGCAGCAGAUGGAUCUAUCUUACUUUAUUGAAUUUUCCGUGUAAUAUGAUAUUUUUCUGAAGUAUUUGGCAUACAGAUUUGAAAGUGACCUUAAUCUGAGUUUUCACAGACUUGUUUACAUGGUUAAACUAGUGUGAAUGUAGAAUGAACAUUAAAAAAAUGAUUUAUAAAAAAAAGUGCCUUGAACAUAACCUACAAUUACUUUAAAUUUCAGUGGAUUAAUUACAUUUGUACAGAGUGCCAGUAUUCUGUAAUGUCUUCUUUAAAAAAGCUUUUUUAUUACAUUUUUCUAUUUGGUGUUUAAAAAAAAAAUUUCUAUGGACUUCCGCUUCUCAGGUAAGUUUUUGAGUUUCACAUGCAGCAGUUUUAAAUGUUUUAAAUGUUGCCAGAUCUGUUUGCAACUCUGGCUUUAAAGGCCUUAUGUCAGGAUGACUUUUACAAGCCCACAAGGAAUUAGGCAGCUAAAAGUAAGAUUUGUAAUAAUCACCACAUCAAACAAGGCACCUUUCCUAAGCCAAAGAGAGUAUCAGUGAAGGGUGAUAGUAGAAAAUGUUAAACUUAAGUGAUGGGAUUGAGACACCUAACUGCAUUCUAAGGGACACGUUUGGUUUAUCUGAUCCUCUGUGUCAUAAAAAAUUUCUCGAGAAUGGGUGACUGCAUGUUAGUGCUUAUAAAAACAGAUGUGGUGAUGUGUUUGGGCAGCAGCAUGGCAUCCACGUCUCAUCUGCAGUGUAUGGAACAUCCAACUGGCUUACCCCAUCCUGGGUAUGAAUUUUGUGUCGUAGAAGGACUCCAUAAUCAUUUAGCUGCAAGAUUCUCUGUGACAGUUUCAUUCCAAAUUCAGAAUUUUUUGAAAUUUCACUGCUGAAAUUUCACUGCUGAAAGCUUAGAAUUCUUAUACAGAUCUUCAUGUUUCAGGAGAAUGUUUUAGGAGACAAGUUCAGUCUUAGAUCUGAAAGGUCCCACAGUGUUCUAUGGAGGAGUCCACCAUGAAGGCUUGGCAUUCUUUAGAAAGAAAUACCAAAAAGGCAUUUCAUGCACCAAUUGGAUGAAGUUCAUUUGUCUUAUCCACCUGUGGCCCUGGGAAUGGAUUUUACAUGGAAAUCUACUUCUCGCUGAGAAUCUGCUCUGGUUCCCAUGAAGUCACCGUGGUUAUUAUCGGUGAUUUCAACUAAGCAGCUUUUUAUUCUUUCUCAGGCAACUUUAUUAGGGUUCAUGCAUCAUAGCAGUAACUGUUUCAUUGUGGGGGUGCUUAUUAUUUAUGAGAGUGACAAAGACUUGCAUGUCAAUCCUCUGCUGAAAGUUUAGGUCUCUCCGUUACCUGUGAUCACAAAAGAUGUUAUAAAUUUCUUGGUGAACACUGGUAACUGUUCACUUCUUGAUGAAAUGCCAUAGUUAGUAUUUUUCCCAAAUGAACAUUUAUACUUAAAUAUUCUGUUCCAACAGAGGUUGCAUGUUCAUACCGAAGACAAGGAGUGUCUUAGUACUUGAGGCAUGUUUUCAACAUAGGCACACGUACCUCCACAGCUACGCAGCCAACAGCAAUGCCAUACUGUACUUUUUAAAACACUUAAUAAUUUUUAGUCAGUCAGACAUUUGUCCAGGAUAGUAUCUGAAUUGAAGUGCAAGUGGUGCUAAAAAUGAUAGGGGUAGUUUUAGGAAGAUCUUUAGUUUUCCUUCCUAUUCUGACAUACACUUGUAGGCAAACCUGUAUUUGGGAAGGAAAUGAGAGGGAGAACAAGGGUCUUGGGAUGAGUUUUGAAGUGACGGUGCUUUCCAUAUUGUCAUAAACUUUGGGAAAUCUAUACUGAUGCAAUUUGGAAAUAUUUUACUGUAUUUUUCAAAGUAGGUUGCUAAUUGAAGUGUCCUGAUAAGGCAGAUAUUUUAAUUUACCAAGUCAUCUGUGUUUGUAGAUAUAUACUACUGGUUUUUAUCUGCACAGAAGAUUUAGAGCCUUCAGUGAAGAGCCUGCUUGUAGACUUGAUAGUGCAAAAAAAAAUCUUGGUAGAACUAGCUUUUUUCCAUUUUCAGAUCUCUUCUCAGAGUUCCCACAUAGGAAUGGUCUGCAUUAAGGCUUGAUCCGAGGUUAAUUGACAUGAAUUCCACAGACCUCAGGGGAAGUAGGAUCAGACACUUAAUGUACGGACAUCACUAUUUUAGAAAUGUUACAGGACCCAGUGCUGCUUGGGGAGGAUAAGGCUCUGCUUGACACCAUGGGAAGAGCAGCCUGAUGCCCUGCCUGCUGCUACAGCUUUGAAGGUUGGGAAGCCCAUUGGGGAGCUCCACAGGUGCUGCAAGGACCAAGUGUUCAUUUGUUCCCUCCAGAACCUGUGUUUGUGGGAAAAUGUUCACCAGUACUGUCUGAUUUGCCUCACGUCUCCAUGGGAACCCAGUUGUCUGUCAAAUUAAAAGGAAAAUAUAGGGGUCAAAAAACGCGUUGUAUCUGCAAAGAAAAAGGAUGUGCAGAUUUCUGGAGGGAAAAGUUGGAGUUUGCUUUUUUGAACUUCUUUUUCCCAAAGCUUGUCUUGAUGUUUCUGCCUUUCCAAGGAGAUGCAUUUCAUUCAGUGUGUCCUAAAUGUGCUUUGCAUGUUAAAAUUUUCCACCCUGCACACACCCAAUGCACUCCCAGUUUUGUAAGGCUGUGAAGUAAUAGCUGUUGCCAUGCAUGACGGCCACUUGGCCACAUGGCUUGGGAGUUGUGAAAUCCAGAAGAAAUGUCGAGUCAUUCUCACAUUAAAUAAAACUCCAUUAGCACUGUCACACAUCUCUGAGGGCAGCUCUGUGAAAGCUGGUCAGAGUUAGGCAGUGCUGAGAGUGGCCCUCAGGAGCACUGUCGGGAGCAGAGGGAAGUGCAGCUGGGAGAUGCAGGCUCUUCAUACAGUGCUCAUUCAGUUUCUGUCAUAAAUAAACCACCCCUGCAUACAGUCAUAAUACACAGUGAAUAACUUGCUUCAUUUCUUCAGCCUCCUAAUAAACAACUUUUACUGCUUCUCAGAUUGCAAAAUUGUUGGUUGUUCUCUUAUUAAUGACCUUGCACUGCACUCUUUAUUCAUGCUAACAAACACAAACUAGAUGUGAAGAAAGGUUAUAAAUCAAGAAGAAGUAAGUUGCCAGCUGUCUAAUAAAUGAGGGGAGUAGUACUCGUGACAAACCUUGAGAGAAACAAAAAGCUUAUCAGGCACUGCAUGUUUGCGCAUAGGUGAAAAAUUGCUAUUCAAAGACAACAACUGUUUGAUCAUUUUUCAGCUUUCUGAAAUGUAUUAAAAAAUGUUGUGGCUUAUAAGACAUUAUAAAAAAAAAUACCAAAAACCUGUUGCAGGGCAGUAUAAAAAUAGAAUUUAGAUUGACUCUACUAAGCUGUAUGAUAAAUACAUAUCUUUUUUCAUUUGUAACACUAUGUGGGGUAAGUUUUACAGCCAACAAGUAGCUUUGCAACUGUAAUGCAGAGGGAUCUGUAGGGUUACUAUGGUACUCAGUGUAAUUUAUUCCCCAUAUCAAUGUUGUAUUGCACAGUACAGUACUUAGGGGUUUUUUAGUUUGUUUUCAUUUAAGUCAGGAUAGUUAGAGCAAUAUAGAGCUGCAGUAAUUCAUGGGUAAUUGAAGCAUGUUCCUCCAAUUUUGUCUUCACUUGCGUAAGUACAUAUUCCAUUGGAGCCCCAGUGACAAGAGAGGAGACCGCAAUGAUCAAAAGACUGUCAUGCCAUUUCAUUCCUAUCUCAGAGAGGUGCUUACAGAGACCUUUAUAUAGGGUCUGAAAUCUUUCAUAAUUUUCAACUCUAAGAGUUACAGUUAGGUCUACAGUUUUCACAUUUUGAUAUGAUGCCGAAGAUGUUGCAUGUUCUGAGAAUGCUUUUCUGUACUUGGAAACAGGAUGGAAGAAAACAUUUGCUCUUGGAGAGCUCAGAACAGGGCUCCUUUGCUGUUAAGCAAACCUAGUAGUUCUGAUUUUUGCUUUUGUGAUGUUGACUAAUUUAAGUCAUAAAACUUGUGCUCCAGACCCUUCACCAGCUCCAUUGCCCUUCUCUGGACACUCUCCAGCACCUCAAUGACUUUCUUGUAGUGAGAGGCCCAGAACUGAACACAAGUGUUCAAAGUGUGGCCUCACCUCGCCAAGCACAGGAGCACAAUCACUGCCCUGGUCCUGUUGGCCGCGCUAUUGCUGAUCCAGCCUGUCCAGAUCCCUCUGCAGAACCUUCUUACCCUCCAGCAGAUCAACGCUCCCAGCCAACUUGGCAAAAUCUGCAAAUUGUCUGAGGGUCCAUGUGAUCCCAUCGUGCAGAUCGUCAAUAAAGAUAUUAAGCAGGACUUGCCCCUACACUGAGCCCUGAGGAACACCAUUGUGCAGACUGCCAAUGGGAAUUAAUUCCAUUCGUCACCAGACCAUCCAGCCAGUUUUUUACCACAGGAACAAUGCACCCAUCCAAGCCAUGAGCACCCAGUUUCCCCAGGGGAGUGUUGUGGGAAAUGGUGUCGCUGGCACCAAGGUCAGAGUGGAGAGUCCUGUAGUUUCCUGCAUCCUCCUCUGGUCCUUGUAGGUUGACUUCACAUUUGCUGACUUCCAGUCACCUGGGAUCUUCCCAGUUAACCAGACUGCUGGUAAAUGAAAGGGGCUUGGUGAGCACUUCUGCCAGCUCCCUCUGUACCCCUGGGUAGAUUCAAUCGAGCCCCAUAGACGUGUGUGUAUCAGGUAUCUCACCAUCUCCUCUUGGAUUAUGGGGGUUUCAUUCUGCUCCUCAUCGCUGUCUUCCAACUCAGGGGGCUGGUACCCAGAGAGCAACUGGACUUACUAGUAAAAACUGAGGCAAAGAAGGCAUUAGGUACCUCAGCGUUUUCUUCAUUCUUUGUGACUGUUUCCCCCCCACACCCAAGAAAGGAUAGAGAUUCUUCUCAACAUUCCUGUUGCUGAGGUGUUUAUAGAAAGCUUUUUUAUUGUCUUUUAUGGCAGUGGCCAGGUUAAGUUCCAGAUGGGCUUUGGCCCUUCUACUUUUCUCCCUGCAAAGCUUCACAAUAUCCUUGUAGUUGUCCUGAGUUGCCUGUCCCUUCUUCCAAAAGACAUAAUUCUUUUUUUUAAUUUUUUUUGUCAUAUAUAUCUUUGCGGAUUUUUUCAAAAUCUCUCUGUGUAUUUCUGGAGGAGAAUCUGGUUUGCUAAAAAUUACUUGACAUCCCUUCACAAGAAGCUUCUGUGAAGGCUAUGCAUCUUUUACCAUAUAUGUUAAAGUAUCUAAAAAUUCAAUGGUUAAGUGCAAAAGACAGUUGCAGGGAAAACUAAUAAUUUCUGAUUCAGGGGCCAUGAUACAUGCUUAUUUUGACAGUGUUGCUUCCAUGUGUAAGUACAGCUGAGAGAAAAAUUAACUUCUUUUCUCUCCAGAACAUAGUUGAAGUAGAAAUAUUUGAAAGACUGAGCACCAGUGAGAAUAUUUUAUUCUGUUUGAGAAAUGAAUGCAACUAGUUAAUUAGCAUUCAAACACUGGACUCCUACAUGUCUGUUCUACGUCUGUUCUUUCCUCAUUUAGCAAUCACCGUACUCAAAAUUCAGACUGAUCGUCUAAAGCUUCCCAAGCUCUUGAAUAUUACUCUGAAGAACUAUUCCAAUGAGGCAUUAAAAACAUGCUUAGAUUUUUAAACUAGGCUAUCCCAGGAUAAAGCAUACCAGGCAUAUGUGUUUUGUUAGAUUUUGGUGUGAAACUCAGAGCAAUCCCAGCUGAUGUAGUGUGGGUAACUGUUGACUGUGUAGUUUCAUUUUUUUGUUUGGGUCAUGUGUAAUAUUGACCCAUGGCAACACCACUUUUAGGCAUCAUGUCUGAUAUGUUUCUUUCAAACGUCACAUGUGCUGGUAUGAAAAUAUUAUUCUGAUUUCAGAGUUUAGAUUAAUCUAAAGCAGAGUGUGUGGAUCUGUGAUGAUCCGUAAGAUUUCAAAAGAGGAUAUGGAUGUGAAUUCGAAUUA